AUGCUGCAGGAGCGUGCCACAGCAGGCGCGGCUUGCGCCCCCGCGCCCGCUGCAGCCGUCCCCCCGCCCGUGGCCGCCGCCCCGACCCCCGCAGCGGCGGCCACGCCUGCCGCGGGGCAGCAGGCGCUGCUGCAGCAGCUCGCGGCGAUGGUUUUAGGGCAGGCAGCGGCCGCGCCCACGCAGCUGAUGCCUUUGGCUGCGGUGGCGGAGGUGGCGCCGGCCAUGGCUGCGGCGCCAGGCAACGUCGCAGACCAGCUUGUGCAGCUGCUGCAACAGCUCCAGGCCCCGCAGCAGCAACACCACCAGCUGCCGCAGCCGCAGCCGCAGCUGCAGCCACAGCUGCAGCCGCAGCUGCCUCCCCAUCCGCAGCUGCCGCCCCAGGUGGCAGCCGCAGACCCCGCCGGCGCGGCGGCGGCGGCGGCAGCGGCGGCCCUUGCAAUCAUGCAGGGCGCUGGGGGCGGCGCCCUGGGGCCCCUCACGCACGCAUCGCCGCAGCAGCAGUUGUCGCAGUCGGUGUCACUGCAGCAGCUGCAGCAGCCGUCCUCGCUGCAGCAGCUGCCGCAGCCCGCUUCGCUGCAGCAGCUGCAGCAGUCAAUGUCGCUGCAGCAGCUGCAGCUCGCCGCAGCGGUGUUGGAAGGCGGCGGCGCGCGAAUCGACGCCGUGGCCGCGGCCGCAGCAGCAGCAGCCGCGGCCCCGGCCACUGCCCAACCACCUCCGCCGGCUGCGAUGCAGGCCGGUGCCGCUGGCGGCGGCGGCACCCCUACAUCUUCAGACGCUGCCGCCCACGCUCUGCUGGCUGCCGCCGCAGCGGCGGCGGCACCCGCAGCGGCGGCGGCGCCGCAGCCGUCGCAGGAGCCGCCCCUGACCGCUCCUGCUGCCCAGCCGACGGCCUUUGACCGCGCGCUGGCCGCCAUGCUGCAGGCCCCUGCGAGCGCAGGGCCGCCGCUCGGCACGGCGUCGCCGGCGCCGGCGCCAGGCGGCCUGGAGGGCAUGGUCUCGCAUCUGACCGCGGCGACGGCGGGGGCCGCCGAGCAGCUGCCGCCGCCGCCGCCGGCCCAGCCCCCAUUGCUGCAGCAGCAACAGCAGCAGCAGCAGCAGCAGCAGCAGCAGCAGCAGCAGCAGCAGGCGCAAGACGUGGCGAGCGCGGCUGCGGCCGCGGGCAUACCCGCCGACCUUGCCGCCGCCCUGCAGGCCGGGGGCGCGGCGGGGCAGCAGGCCGUCGGGGGCGGCGUGGCGGGCGGCGACGCGCUGCAGCAGAUGCUCUCCACCCUCGCGCUGCAGCAGUCGCCUGUGGAAAUGUGA